AUGAAGCAGGCUGCGGCUUCAAGUCCCUCUCACUUGCACUCGGCAGAGGACACGCACUCGGUGGACGUGCCCUCGGCGUCCUUGCCCUCGGUGUCCUCGCCUUCGACGCCCUCGCACUUGACGCCCUCACACUCGACGGCAGCACGCGGUCGUAGGGACAAAGGCCUAGUUGGAGCCAAGGCUGGCCGUGGCGGCUUGAAGGCUGGCAAGGCUCAACGAAAGCAAGGCCCCGCCGGAGUACAGACUGUCCGUGUGCCAUCGUCUGUCGCUAGCAUUGCUCCGGCCGGGGCCUUGGCCAUCUCAACACAGGAUCCACCAUCAAAUGCGGCGGCGACUCCAUGUGAGGGCACAGACGGUGCUGGUAGUGUCCGAGAAGAGGUUGCUAGCAACUGCAGCACAUUGAACGGGCACACGCCCGACCGACACCCCGAAGGAGUCGCCGCCACGCCAAGUGAAGCCAAUAGCGAGCACGCUGUUGAUAUCACUCGACCUUGGUCUAUUAAUGAGAUGGCUAUAUUUUGGAAUAAUGGUUAUGCUAGUUUGCGUGGGUUCAUAGACCAAGACCAAGUUAAGUUGUUGUUGAGCGCAAUAGUGAGCAUGAGCGAGACGAAAUGGCUACGAGACAUCCGAAAACCAGCCCGCCGUGUAGCAGAAAUUGGUAUCCAGGACAGCGCUCCUGACGCUUUUCGAUUGGUGUUUGAGCGCUUUGUGACUCCACCAAAAGCUCGGGGCGAGCAGUUGCAUCGCGAUUUUCAGUCUGCGGAAACUAUUGACGCGACGAUCAAGCGGGUCCAGGCAUCCCUGCUGCUUGUUCUAGAGCCCGAAACGAAGCUCAUAAUCGUUCCUGAGGCGUUUGCGGGGGCAGCGCUAAGCGGGAAGUGUACUGCACUUGAGGAUCUGUCCCUGGGGGAUGUUGUCGUCUACCGAGGCGACCUUCCCCACGCUGACGCCCCGUACAAGGAUGGGAACAUUAGAAUCCAAGGUCUCAUUAACGGUGUCUACCACGAUGAGGGCGUUGUGGAGCGUGUGGUGUGGGCUGUUUACCGCUGCAUUCACUGUUCUAAACAAUGUGUCGAUAAGCGGGACAUGAAUAACCACACACGGUUUUGCAGCGCCCCUAGAAGCCUGCAAUUGCUGGUAAGAGAAAGCGGAAUAGCGACAAGGGAGCCUACUGCGAGUGCUGGGGGCACGGGGGAUGGCGAACAAGAAGAAAAAGACGAGUAA